CUUUUCACUCACGUUCAAGGUCGACUCAGUUCCCGGCGAGUUCGACUCGGAGAAUUUUUUCUUAGAAAAUAAUAAAAAGAGCCCUGAAAAUUUUCUUAUCGAUUGAUUUUUUUCUACUCGAUUCCAGAUCUAGGAAUCAUUUUGGCUGUUUAAUCGAGGCAACGAGAAGGAAGCGAGAUGGCGAGCGAGCUGAUCAACCGGCGACACGAGGCGGACCAACCGGCCGCAGAUGCUUACUACCCGAAACCAAUCAAACCGUGGUUCAUGGUGACUCGUCCGAUGCGUUACAUGCUCCGAGAACAGAGGCUUCUCUUUGUUCUCGUGGGCAUUGCAAUCGCGACAUUGGUUUUCACAAUUUUCCCUCGCUCCACCCAAUCCAUCGCCUACUCGGAUCCGUUUUCCGGUUACGGAAUCAGGACCGACGAGUCGUACCUUCCGGCGGUCCAGGCCCAGAGGAAACCAAGCGUGGAGUACCUGAACCGGAUCGGGGCAACAGGCGGGAAAAUCCCACUGGGGUUGAAACGGAAAGGGCUGCGAGUGGUGGUGACCGGUGGUGCCGGAUUCGUCGGGUCGCAUCUGGUGGAUCGUCUGAUGGAAAGAGGAGACACAGUGAUCGUCGUCGAUAAUUUCUUCACGGGUCGCAAAGAGAACGUGAUGCAUCAUUUCGGUAACCCUAAUUUCGAAAUGAUCCGCCACGACGUCGUCGAGCCGAUCCUCCUUGAGGUGGAUCAGAUCUAUCAUCUGGCGUGCCCUGCCUCCCCUGUCCACUACAAAUUCAAUCCCGUCAAGACCAUCAAGACGAAUGUGGUUGGAACGUUGAACAUGCUUGGUUUGGCCAAGCGAGUCGGUGCCAGAUUCCUCCUCACCAGCACCAGUGAGGUCUACGGUGAUCCUCUUCAGCAUCCUCAGGUCGAGACUUACUGGGGCAACGUUAAUCCCAUCGGUGUUCGUAGUUGCUACGAUGAAGGGAAGCGUACGGCAGAGACUCUGACCAUGGACUAUCACCGUGGUGCCAAUGUUGAGGUCAGGAUUGCUAGGAUCUUCAACACCUACGGUCCAAGAAUGUGUAUAGAUGAUGGGCGUGUUGUCAGCAACUUCGUUGCGCAGGCACUAAGGAAAGAACCAUUAACUGUUUAUGGUGAUGGGAAGCAGACAAGGAGUUUCCAGUUUGUUUCUGAUCUGGUCGAAGGUUUGAUGAGAUUGAUGGAAGGAGAACAUGUCGGGCCAUUUAACCUCGGUAACCCUGGUGAAUUCACCAUGCUUGAGCUUGCUAAGGUGGUUCAAGAGACGAUUGAUCCAAACGCAAACAUAGAGUUCAGACCAAACACAGAAGAUGACCCUCACAAGAGAAAGCCUGACAUCACAAAGGCCAAGGAGCUUCUUGGUUGGGAACCAAAGGUCUCUCUUCGUCAGGGACUCCCUCUCAUGGUCAAAGACUUCCGUCAACGUGUCUUUGGUGACCAGAAGGAAGGCUCCUCCAUGGCUGCAACCACCACCAAAACAACCUCAGCUUGAGCAAACGCAGAUGCAAGUAGCGGCCAUUGCGGUUGGUUAAUGGUUUAUCACCAAAAAAAAUACAAGGCAUUGCUUGCAGCUACAAUGUGGAGAGAAGAGAGAGCUUCGUUUCCUAAAAUUUAUUGUUUUUGAUUUCUAUUUUGGUAUUAUAUUCGUGUAAACGUAGAGUAAGAAUUUGGUGCCUUUACAAUAUUCAUGGACCUCACUACAGUUUUUGAAAAAAAAACUUCGUCAAAUCAUCA